AUUUCAGGUAAAACCAGAAACCUCCCAUUCAUUCAGGAAGUUUCUCUUCCUCUGUUCUGUAAUCACCUCAUAAUACAAUCUCUCUCCGUUAUUCUCUCUCUAUAAUUGAUCCUGCUUCAUUCUCUCUCUCUCUCUUCUUCUAUCCAUUAUUAUAACGGUUGUUACCCAUUACGCGAUCGAACCACUCCAGACUUCAUUUUUCACCAACAAUGGGAGGCGGAGGAGUUAUGAGAGCCGCUUCCAAGUUUUCCGGUAUCGGCGCUUUGCGCGGUGACCAUCCAAUCUUUUCCGCAGCUCGCAAAGUUACUAAGCCCACGUCGGUUUACCUCUCCUCGUCUGAUGAUUACGUGAAGAACAACGUACUGCUAACAUCUCAAGAAGAUAAGAUUGACACAGCAGCGGUGCAACGUCCAUGCUGGGAGCUCGAUGAUUGGGAAUUCGCCGGCGGCGAAGAAGAAGAUGAGUUAUUCGUAGGUACCGAUGAACCGUUACCUAGAGUUGUUUUUGGUGGUGCACCGACUCCGCAAGAGGCGAAAGAUGCUACAUCUGAUCUCAAGGACGCCCUAGAGAAGGUAUAUCUGUCUUCACCUGACUCUGAUCAGAAGAAGGAUUCUCCUCCAUUAAGUGGAUCAUCAUCUGGCGUGUCUAUGAUCUAUGAUCUCGAAAAUAUUGGGCAAACUGAAAUCAGAGGAAACUCUGUUCCAAGAAAUGCUAUUCAAGCAUUUCAAAUCCUCAGUGACAACCCCGCUGCUCAGUCUGUUGUUGCUUCAAUUGCAUGUGACCCCAAUGUUUGGCUAGCUGUAAUGGAUAAUCCAGAGCUUAGAGAAUUUCUUCUUACAAAGAUCAACAAUUCUUCUUCUUCCUCAUCUUGUUCAGAGAUAAUCCCUUUGGUUAAAGAAUCAAUGGUGUGCAUUGAGUUUCCUGAGGACGAUGAUCCGUCAUUCCUUGAGAAGAAAUUAGAAGAACUAGAAGAUCGGAUGAAGGAAUUCGCUAAGAAGAUGAAAAUUAAAGCUGAGAAGAUGGUGAAUAAUUUAUCAGUAUAUCUAAACAAUAUAUUUGGGAUUCAAAUGGAUGGAAAAGGAUGUGAAGUUGAUAAUCAAAAUGGUGAAUUUAGUUUGAUGGAGAAAGCUCUUGGUACAUCGUUCAUGGGGUUGGCUGUUAUGGUGAUAAUGGUAGUAAUUCUCAAGCGUUCUUAAUAAUAUUAUGAUUUCUUGUCUCUCAAUUUCUUCUUAAUUAAUUUGUUUCUUUUUUUAAGGUAAAAACGAGAUCUUUCUUUUGUUUAUAAAUGUUGUAUUUCAUUUUCUUAUAGUAUAUGUAUCAUUUAAUAAAUACCUUUGUCUUAGUUAAUAAAUUAUGUUGGAAAAUUUGUGAA